UGUUGUUGUGGUUUUUCAGCUGAGAAUUUAAAUUUGUGAGAGGGAACAACCAAUUGAUAAAAAUGUCAGAAAAAGGAAAUGUUAGCCUUUGAUUUGAACAGACUGAUGAAUUCAACUUUGAUUUUCCUUCGAAUGUGACUGUCAUCACCUGAUGCUUCAGGGUAGAAAGUAAAAAUUGAGAAUUAAAAAAAAGACAAUACUGCACCAGGUUUUGACUUAUCGAUCUCAUUUCUGUAUUGCCCUUUUUGCACCUAUGGGCGCCAAAUAAAAAAUUAACUAGACCGUGAAUGAAAACACGGAACAUAUGAAAUUUGAUAUCAAAAAUGCGAACUGUUAGCUUGGAAUUCAUUAAUUUUUUAUACACGCUGAUUGCUCUUUCUGUUAUUACGGCAGUCAAAAAAUGAAUACUUUAUCGACUUAAAUUUGCUGCGCUAAAUAGAGAAAAAAUUGUCUUCGCAUUCAGUUUAGUAGCCAAUCAUUCAAAUUUUUAUGCUUCACUUAUUUUUUCAUCCCUUAUUUUGUCCAUUUGUUCCGUUCUUAUUUCACAUUUCUUCAGUCUCCCGAUUUUAUUGGAGGAUUAAAAUAUUGAUUAGAUAAUGCGAGCAGUUUUACAAUCGGGUCGCUUUUACAAUGUACUUUUAGCCCAGAAAACGCCAAAAACCACUUAAGUCGUCAAAAAAGAACAGCUUUACUCUUUAAAAAAAAAAAAAGAGUUUACUAUACGGAUGUUCUUCAAUUGAUUUACCUUUACAAAUUUCAAAAAUGAUAUCGGAAGGCGAGCCUUCGUCCACAGUCGGCAGACCCCAAAGACGAAUGGCCGUUGCAAUAGGAAUGAACGUAGGAGUUUCGAGUCCCGAUCGAUCUACUUCUGGAAAUCAUUUUUUCGCCACUGCAUCAACGCAUUUUUCAAGGAUGAAAAGAAUGUGGUCCAAAAUUACAACCGCUUCGUCAGCUUUCAGUGCCAUUCAUAAUGCAGAAGAUAUUCUCGAUGAAUUGGAUCUGCAGAUGGUUCAUGCAAAACCACACAGCAUAGAGCAGCUAACAAGGAACACUCUUUUUGAGAGACACGAAAUCAAAGACAUCUACAGACGAUUCAAACAGGAGUGUCCAAAUGGUUAUCUUACAGAGGAGACAUUCCGAAGAGUUUUCCAACAGUUUUUCCCCGUCGGAGACACGAAUCAAUACGCCCAUUUUGUAUUCAACACAUUCGAAAGAGAUCCAUACGGCAACGUUCUAUUCCAGGAGUUUCUGCAGACUAUGUCAGUCAUUCUCAAAGGAUCGACAGAGGACAAACUCGAGUGGAUUUUCAAACUGUAUGACAUAGACCGAGAUGAGGUGUUGAGCAGACAGGACCUGCGGCUAAUGGUGGAGUCUGUCUACUACAUGGUGGGCAAGGACUGCGAGGCAGAGGAGAGUGCAGUCUCCUUACACGUCGACAACAUCAUCAAUAAAUAUUCUGCCAACCGACAGACAAAUGAAAUCACUUUCGACGAAUUCAAAGAAGCGUGUGGAAGGAAUCCCGAAGUGUUCAAUUCAAUCGACUGUUUUGGAAGUGGAAUCUUCGGAGUUUAAUUAUCUCGACAGCUAUUGAGAAAACAGUAAAAUACAAUUAAAAAAAAUACAAUUUCCUAUAGUUGAUAAUUACGAGUGUAGAACCUUUUCUGAUCUUAUAGAACGUUAUUAGG